GUGUACCUAUGAUGAAAAUGACAGACCUCUGUCAUCAUUUGAAGUGGGAGAACUUGCACAAUCGCUGGCUGACUAAAUACUUUUUUGCCCCACUGUAUUGUUGUCAUUUUUAUUUCACUUAUUAUUUUCCUUCUGUUGCCCCGCCCCCUCAUUCUUCUUUUUGGGGAAACCCCGCCUCCAUCCAUACAGUUUAUUGCAUCACCUCCCCCGCCAAGGAUGAGCGUUACCGAGCCCCUCCUCCCACCCCUCCAGGCUACCAGGGUCUGGCUCUGGGGGACCUGAAAGACUGCGUGGUGGUGGCGGGGGGUCCGAGCGGCACCCCCCCGCCCAGGCCCCCCCACCUGAGACCGCCGGACUACAGCGUGGCCAUGCAGAGGAGCAAACUCCUGCAGAGUCCCGCGGCCGCCGGCGGCCUGGUUGAGGCCCGCAGGCGCGCCGGGACCCUCCGGGGGCGCGGGGGCGGCGGCUCGCCCGUCACCCGCCGCCCGACACAGGAGACGGCCGACAGCGAGGACGAUGAAAAAGUUUCUGCUGUGUAGAUGCACUGUGGCGCCCUCUAGUGGUCACGUGACGCCGCCUCACUUGACAUCUGGCUCCCUCUGGUGGUCAUCAUGGGACCUGCCUCACUUGAAAGACCUGCGAAGUAACGAGCGACACGCUUUCUUACGCUUCCACACGACGCUUUUUGGAUUUUUAUUUUUUAUUUUUAUUUUAGUUCUCGUUAGUCGCCGGCAUUGGCGUAGCGUGGGAGAAAACGGUCACAUGACACAUACUUGUGUUUGGCACUUAACUUAAAAUAUAUAUGGCGGUCAUGUGACGCGAGCUACCUUAGCAGCAUGCUACCUCCUGGACCUUUUAGAUUUUUUUUUCUUAGAACAAACCGACUUUUAUUUUGUGUAUAUUUGGAGA